AUGGCUCCGGAAGAGGAGGCGAAAGGAAGAAAGGGACCCGCACGCACGGCACUCUCAUUUCUGACUGCAUUCAAACUGGACACAAACGCGGACAAGCGCAAGGUAUUAUAGUUUUACCCCCCGCACAUUUCUGGCAAUGUCGCUCUACCGAAAUCUCAAGUGCGGCAGAGCGCGAUGGUCAGAGAUUUCUCUGAAAUUUUCGAAUUUUCCGCCAAAAGUGCACUUGCAGGAGCCGGUGGCCGAUGAAGCGCUCUCGAAACUGGAGUUGCUGCGCGUCGACACUUCCGAAAUGGCGUCGUCGAAGGAGAACUCUCUGCUGACGCCUUCUGACGGCGCAAAAUCGCCGUCAAACGCGCUGAACAGGAAGAAAUUGAGCGUGCCGAAACUGGAAAAAACUAAAAGGUACGUGGUGCUCUCGUUUCGUCAAAUCCCCCUCGCAUUCAUACCGAAUUUGCCGUCUAUUGUCCGAUGUCCGUCCUCACGGAAUUUUUUUCCAUCUUUUUCUUUCAUCACCAGGUAGUCCUAAUCCUCAUCCGCUUAGCAAGUCAACUCAAGUAAACACACCCACACUAGGCCACAUUUCCGGCCGAGCGAUCGGCCUGUAGCAAUUUACAUAUGCACUCGGGCGGCCUACGUAAUCGGGGCCUUGUGGCCUAAUGGAUAAGGCGUCUGACUUCUAAUCAGAAGAUUGCAGGUUCGACCCCUGCCUGGGUCAAAAUUUUUCGUUUUUCUUAUUCUUCUGUCUUGUCAAGUCGUUUGUAGUCAAGUCGUUUGGAGUGCUAACACAUAUUUCCUGAUUGCAUUCAUCGCUAUCUUUGCGAGUCUCCAGUUGGAAGUCUCACGUAUUCUCGUGUACAUGAAUUAUGUAAAGUGUCGUCUUCUCGACUCAUACACGUCUUCUCGCUGACUUUCGUAAAGUAAAUGCGUUCUUUUUUCCGAAUAUUAUCCUAAUUUCCCUUUAGCUUUUUCCGUUUUUUUUUCAGCGACGACAUGGUAUUCGCCGAAAUCGAAGCGUUGACGGUGAUGGAGAACAAUCUGUUCUGCUCGUUGAGAAAGUAUGUUUGGCUUUUGUAAACUUAUAAUAGUUGGUCUCCUAGUUCCAUUAAUGACGUGGCCUUGUUCCGUAAAUAGACAAUAUCCUUCCGUGUUGCGAAAUGUGUCGCUCAAAAGGGUCCGUUGGGCGGUCGUGCCAGUUUCCAUAGAGCCUGAAGGUACCUCUCGGCAGCAAAACUCUCUCUUUUGCUUUUAUGUGCAUGGAGGGCAAAGUUCAAAGGGACCGCGAGCUAAAGAUAUUGUGAAUUUUUCAAAAACGGUUAGACUUGGAUUGUCGGAAAUCAUCUCCACAAAAACUAGACGAACAUAGGCCAUAGAAGUAAUGUAGACACUUGGAGCAACCUGACAACCUCUCACAGUCGCGGUAAAGUCGGAAAUGUCCAGAUUGCAUACAUCAAAGCCAUUCCCACGGUGACCCAAAUCAGAAUUCAUGUAACCAUUCCCGCAUUCCCGCAUAAAAACACGUUUGCAAGUCUCCAGCCUUCGCGAGUUUUUCGAGCAUAUCGGACCCUGUGCAAAGUAUCGCAAUGUCCACAGCAGCUAUCGUAGGCAAUGGGUGUAGAGCUUCGAGUUGUGCCUGAUAUUCUAGAGAUGGUUUUCAGAAUUGAGGCCCAAGAUCCCAAGCUUCAGACCGCUUAGAUUGGCUGCUUUGGAAAUGUAGAGGUUUGGGAGCGAAAAGCUUGAAUAGGUAUCCAGAUAAGAGGAUACGAUCGGUCUGAAAGUUCUGAUAACCUUAGACUCCACGGUCGAAAGUCCAGGCUCUUCCUAACCGAAACUAUCAGUCUACCAAAAACAAAUUCCCUGAAAGUCUACCCUUCUUUGCUUGUGAAUAACUUGUGUGCGCGUGCCGCCGUGAUUCGUAAAAACGCGCCGUCGUCCGCGUCUCAAUUUGUGGCUAUCGCCGGCCGUCGGCUCUCAUUUCUCAUUGCAUACGCUUGUUCCCAUGGCGAUGUGUGCUCAGCGACAGCGGAAAUAUCCGCCUCUCUCUCUCUCUCUCUCGCUCGUUUUGUCUCAAUUCUCAAUUCUCGAUUUGUAUUCAUUUCCAUCCUACAAACGUUUCGCAACUCGCUUUUGGGCCAAGUUUCAUUUUUUUUUCUCAAUUUCAUAGUCUAUGAAUCAUAAUCAUAGGCACAAAUACGUAUAAUUCUAGUUAUAAAAUAUGGUCUGGUAAACAAUUGCUAGACGGAAAUUGUAAUAGUAUUGUAUCAAUCUGAUUGUGAGCUCUCUCUCAUUCUCUUUACAUUCUGCCUAUUCUCACUAAAAAGUUAGUUGUUAAGCCGCAAUGGUACUGUUUAGAAACAACAUCGUAACUCAAGAAUGACGGGUUUUGGGAUAAAAUGAUCAACUACAAAGUUGUAAAGCACAAAAAUUACAACAACUUUUCUGUUGAUCACGUUUUGAAAUAACAACUGGAUCUCGAGAUAUAGGUGUUUUAGAGUUGGGCGACGGUCUGAUUUCAGUUCGACAAAACGUCGCUCGGAGGCGAUGGACAAGUACGAGCGCAUUUCAAAAUUGGGCGAGGGCUCCUAUGGAGUCGUCUACAAGUGUCGCAACAAGGAGAACGGACAGAUUGUGGCCAUCAAAAAGUUUGUGGAGACCGAAGACGACCCGCACAUCAAGAAGAUCGCGUUGAGGGAGAUCCGAAUGCUCAAGGUCUGUCCGUUUCUCUCUGUUUUCUGACGACCACUUGUUCGUUUCAGCAACUGAAGCAUCAGAACCUGGUGGGACUGAUCGAGGUGUUCAAACGGAAUCGAAAGUUGCACCUCGUGUUCGAACUCUGCGACAGGACUGUGCUCCAUGAGCUCGAGAAGAAUCCGAAUGGCGUUAGCGACGAUUUGACCAAAAAGAUUGUGUAUCAGCUUCUGGAGGCGCUGCGCUUCUGCCACAAUCACAAGUGCAUUCAUCGAGACGUGAAGCCGGAGAACAUCUUUUUGACGCGCAACGAUCAGGUCAAACUCGGCGAUUUCGGGUUCGCCAGAAUCAUAAGUUCGUCCGAUUCGCCCCCCAUCUAUGCCCAUUGUCCGAAUUGCAGACACGACUGAAAUGUACACAGACUACGUGGCGACGCGAUGGUACCGAAGUCCCGAGUUGCUCGUCGGCGACGUCCAGUACGGACCGCCCGUCGACAUCUGGGCGGUCGGGUGUGUGUACGCGGAACUGAUGACCGGCGAGGCGUUGUGGCCGGGCCGGAGCGACAUCGAUCAGUUGUAUCACAUCCGAAAGACGUUGGGCGAGUUCCUGCCGCGCCACGUCUCCAUCUUCCGCACCAAUCAAUUCUUUUUCGGGCUGUCGAUUCCGGAGCCCGAGCAGUUGGAGCCGCUUCCCUCGAAAUUGCCGAAUGCGAGCAGCGGACAGCUCGAUUUUUUAUAUGUAAGAUUAUGCUGCAAAUGCGCUAAAUUUCAUUUUUUUUUUUGUCAGAAAUGCUUCGAAAUGUCGCCGGAUCGUCGUUGGUCGUGCAGUGAGCUCAUGCAGCACGCCAUCUUCCAGGUUACCCCGGUUUUCACCAAUUUCUCACCGAUUUUUCAUGUUCAGAACUGGACUCUCCGAUUACGACUCGACGAUAGCACUCCGACGGGACCGUCUUCGAAAAGAGUAUGGUGUUGACAAGAUUUUUUCGAGAUCUUAAUGCUGCUGCUCUCUUAAAAUUCGAUAAUUUUCCAUUCAGAGUCCCAACUACCUGCCACUUUUGAACGGAAAUUCGACGAAUUUGGUGUCGAAGAACUUCAGUCUUCAGCCGUCGAACAACAACAACAACAACAACAACAACGCGAACGGCCUUAAUCGCAAUUAUCUGCCCACUAUUUCGUAA